UGGAUUCUACUUCUAUUUGGCCUAGCUAUGUCAAACCUUUUACUUUUGUCUCUUUUAGCUCAAGGGCUGAUCCUAGCUCAAUUUCAAUAUCAAGUAGCUGCUCAGUUUUGUCCUCCAAUAAAUCGCUCUGGCGUUAUGCAACUCUUUAGCGAGGACCCUAUAGGAUAUAUCUAUGAUAUUUUUGAAGGGAACGAGAGCAUUAAGACUCUCUGUCUCUCCCAUGGGGACCAGCUAGGAGAGCUCACUUACACCACUGUAGUCGCUAGAGUCAACGUAACUGGAGAUGGAAGCUUUACUCCCAACCAAACUGUCCUGGUCAGUGGACGCUGUAAUCCAUCGACAUUGCUUUGGACUUUAAAUGGUGACAUCAUGAACUCAGACUCGUCUGCUUUUGCCUUACAGUUGAGAGAAGAUUGCUAUCAGUGUGGGACUUCACCGAUCUGCCAAGUGUGUAAUAAUAGCUGUUCUGGCUUUGCUGGUUUUGAACGUUGCUUUGGUCCUAGCGAUGCCGAGUGCUGUCCUUUCUAUGAGAAUAGCAACUGUACUACAUCAUGUACUACUGGAAGUCAGCCCAAUGCUACCUUUUUUUGUGAAUUUGUUCCUUCUUUCAUCGUGCUUGAAGCCAACCAGUUCCAGUACACGUCUUCAUCCAACGACAACAACUACUACCUGUACGAUGAAGUUGUAGACAAUUCAUUAACUGUUAGGUGCACAUUUAAUGGAGCCAGUAACGCUAUUAGUGAGCUAAAGGCUAAUUCCUUCUGGUCCUUUGAUCUCCUCAAUGAUACAAUUGACAGACAGUUGCAGGCUCAAGAUUUUGGGCUUGUCAUUAAUACCAAUACAACUCUUACUGUAGAGACAUCAGUUGGUAAUGUCAGUUUGGUGUUUGUUCCUGGGGAUAGUCUAAAAUUUGAUCCUGUCUUUCCACCUGAGUUAAAUGGCAGAUAUAUCUGUGGUGUACGGAAUAUUUCCUUAGCUGUAACUGAUGUAAUACUAGCAAUUACUACUGAUAAUCCACUUCUAGUGAACAAUAUUGAACCACCAGUCCAGAACCUAGCUUAUCCUGCUACGACAUUCAACCAUUCAUUUCUUGCAAAGUAUAGAACAUCCAGUGGUAGUGGUUCUACAAUAAUAAUGAAUGAUGUAUCAGUCAAUAAUCUCCAAGUGUAUUAUAAUACCAACAGUGGGCCUGUCAAUGGAGCCAUUACUCUUAUUGAUAGUGUCACUCGUAAUUAUAGCAUAACAUUCCAGGACCCACUGCCUCCAGUGGUUGUGGUGUUCAUAGGAACCAGUGGAUUAGGUCAAAGUAGUUCGGAUUCUCUUAGCAUUCAAGUAUAUUCACAUGGUAUUGUUCUGUCUCCUUCUACAAGGCGUAUAGAUAUCACGGAAGGCAGUACUGCAAUAUUGAAUUGUACUUCAGUUGUGCCUUCAGUCGUCAUUGAAUGGGAUGGGCCUAGCAUGGUUGAACCUUCCUUCAACUAUGUACUCACAUUGAGCAAUGUCAGCCUCAGUUUCACUGGCUUGUAUACUUGUACUGUUACUGGCAAUACUUAUCCUAGUGGACUGGAGAGAGUAUUCCAAGUACUAGUUGUUGUUUAUAGAUCUGGGUCUGAUGUCAUACUCCAUCGCUCCCCCUACCAACCUUUAUCCAAUCCAGCAAUCAUUAACUUUGGCUCUGAAACAAUCAUCACGUGUAACGGAUUGAGAGGGACGUCUCUGCAAUGGACCUCGGACAAUUCCCAGUUUCCUUCUGAUCUAUCCGUGCUUCCUAAUGUAUCAGUUGUGUUUGUUAAUGAAACUAGUACUAAUAGUAUCAGUCUUGCCGUCACUAGUGCUGCAUUUACUAGUACACCAAUCAACUUCACAUGUUAUUCAUCUCUUGGCAGUGCAUCAAUAAUUAUCACAAAUACACCUUACAUUAAACGAUUGACUGAUCUUCAGUUUCCUCUUACUGUUGGUCAAAAAAUCACCAUGCAGUAUCUGUCUGCUCUUUCCUCAAAUGGACUGAGUAAUGAUGCAGAUCCUGAUGCAGAAUUCUUCUCGUUAGUAUCUGACAUAAGUUCUCCAUCAUUAAUUCCAAGCAACAUAUUUAUUUACGAAAUCUCUUUUACUGCAUCUUCAAAAUUGAAUGGUUCUACAUUACGUUUUGAAUAUUCAGAAAUUAUUACAAAUUCACUCACAGUAACUGUUGCUGUUCCAUCAGUCUUGUUGGUAACAGUGCCACCAUUCAAUUAUGUAUCUGGUACUGCAGUAUCUCUCCAGUGUCAGAGUAGUGGCCCAAUAACUUGGAUCUCAAAUACUAGUCAAACAAUACUGUUACCUCCUGAUUACAAUCGCUCCCAGUCUGAUCCAAACACUCUCACCUUCACUCCAUUUAUUUAUAACUUCGUUACUAACUAUCCUCCUCAAGACUUAAGUCUCUCCCCACUGACUCCAGUGCCAACAGAAGGAGUGGUACAACUAUUGAGAGAUGAGUUCUUGUGUACUGUAUGUGAUAAUAUGGAUAGAAACGGAUCUAACUGUCUUCCUAGUGAAUACAUUGAUCCUAAGACUGUUGAUGUACAGAUACUUUAUCAUCCAGUCAUGUUUCAUUUUGGUGACAUUCCUUUGUACAAUAACAGCAUCAUCAGCUCAUCCUUUGAUAAUGAGUCAUCCAUCACUCUGACCUGCUCCUCACUCAGUGGUCAUUCAACUCUUAAACUCAACUCAACCAAUCUUCUAUUAGAUCCUUAUUUAAGUGCUGGUAUGUAUCAGGUCCCUGCUGUAUAUGCUUCUGGUUUAUCAGCUCAAGUUGAUGUGAUUGAUAGCUACAGUGUCAGGAUUGAGUUUAGCGGUAAUGUAACAACUACUGAUAUUUCUGGUACUUAUUCUUGCUAUUCGCAAGAAUCUGGUACUUCAACAUCCAUUACUUUACAUUAUGCUGAUAGUAAUGAUGAUGGGGUCCUACAAUCUCAGACACCUUCCACUAACGUCACACUAGUAUUAGGAACAGCAGCUUUGUUGCCAUUCACUGCUGGUUAUAAUUCAAAUGGAUCAGCGCAAUCAUCAACUGACACAUACAGAGGACUCACUGUCUCUUAUCCUGUGUCUUUUACAGGAGGUACUUCUCUUUUCGAGAUAACUCCAUACAAUUAUGGAGUAUAUAUACCAGUGGUUGAUGCUGAUACUGCUGGUACAAUAGUUAUAGCGCACUCUCAAAUAUCAAGAAAUGCAAGUAUCAAUAUUAGCACAGAAGCUCCAACCAUCACUCCACUUGUAUCUUCUACAUCAGUUCUUGAAGGAGGAACAGUCACUCUUACCUGUGUCCCUUCAGACAGUCGUGUUCAGCUUCGGUGGUACUUCCUAAGUAAUGGCUUAUUUUCAGAGCCAACCCCCCUACCACCUAGGAAUGGGAAUGGAUUCACAUAUGAUGACAUCUCAUUAAGACACAGCGUGACUAUUAGUCAAGUUACAGUACUGAAUGAUGAGGGUACUUACAUCUGUCAGGUAUUUAGGAGCAGUAGUAUAAGAAGCAAUGUCAGUCUUAAUGUUUUAGCAACUUGUCCUGAGGAGGAGAAUGGUGGCAUAGUUUGGCCAGCUACCAUUGAAGGAGAAGUUUCUAGACAACCUUGUAGUUUAGCAUCUUCAAAUUUCAAUUCUCGGGUUGUGUUUGCCAGGAGAUAUUGUUUAGAUAUCUAUGGGUGGUCUCCUGUCCUGUUUCAUGGCUGUACUCUUGUGUCUGAUGCCACUUCAUUUCAGCUCAUAACCAUGAGGCUAACUAAUGUCACUGGCAUCACUGCAGUAUCACAGAAUGAAGCUGCAAUAGUCUCUGAGUUAAGUUCUGCUAUUGCUGCUAGAAAUCCACACUUUCUCUCAGUCUCUGUGACCAAGUACUAUUCUUUCAUCUCAAACUCUGUGAUUGUAGUUGCUGAUGCUUAUUACAACACAACUAGUAACAUAACUUAUGACUCAAGCCCUGUGUAUAGCCUAGCAUCUUUGGGUGGCUAUCAGUUAGUGUUUGAUGCUAGAACUGGUCCUCAAUACAGAAGCUCUUAUGUAUUCAGGCCAUCAAGUGUCUGUGUAUGCAAUCAUUAUACCAUAGUUAGCAACAAUGUUCCUGCUAUUCCUAUAGAGGAGGAUGAUAAUCCAGAAUCAAUAUUUAAUGCAGGCCUAAUAUUAAUGCCUUCAUUCAAUGUUACUGAGUUUCAGAGAAAGUGCUACGAGACACGAGCAGAACCUUGCAACUGUACCUUCACUAGCUGCAACUGUAUAAAUCCAUUUGUUGGUAAUGAUGUUAACUGUACAGUUGAUUCUGAUUCAGACGAGUAUCCAAAUCAAGCAAUAAGUGAUAUUUAUGCUCCAGAAUGUUCAAGCAACGACUCAAUUUCUAUGAUACCUACUUACUGCUCAAACGAUACUUGUCCAUACUUAUACAAUAUAGAGCAGACUCCACCCAUAUGUGAUACUAUAAACGAUACAAUUGUCGGAGGGUGCAUAAAAGAAGUGGAUUCUAAUUGGAACAUUCUGUGGCCUCCAACUAAUCCAAACACCACCUCAACUCAACCUUGUCCUGGCGGCACUAAUUCUUCAGGUCUGGCUACAAGGUUCUGCGAUGAGAAUGGUAACUGGUCUACAGUUAAUGUUAGCUCGUGUAGAUCACGUGCUUUUAAAGUCAUCGAAGAAGAUGCUGCUCAAUUGUUUGUGGUGGAUUUUGAUCAACUCACUGGAGUAGCGAUUGAAAAUUUAGCUAAGAGUGCUGUUGGACUUGUCAGUGAAUUGCAAGUAGCUACUGCAGCUCAAGUAUCAUUAAAUGAAUCGAUACUCCCUUCAGAUCUCUCUGUAUCUAAUGAUGUACUGACCAACACUAUCCUGGCACUGAACUCGAGCUUUAAUGACAAUAACGAGACAGCCAUCAAUUCUUCUUCUAUAGCUGACACUCUUAGUGAUCUUCUCAGUUUGACCAACAGGCCAGGCUGGGAGAGCUUGCAAUCAUCCAACCCCAGCACUGGGAGUGAGCUCCUCCUGGAGAAUUCGGAGUCAUAUGGUCUUUAUCUUGCUCAAACCACUGAUACAAGUCAAAUUGUAUCAAGAGAAAAUAUCGUUAUAAGAGCAGAGCAGGUCCCUAUUGCUGGCAGUGCUGGUAUAACGUUUCCUGAUUCGUCUGAUCUUGUUAACUUUACAACUUCUGUAUCAAUGUCACCAGCCACUAUUAGCAUACCUGGUGAACUCAUAAUGGAGAGAUCUUCUGGAAUGUCUACAGUUCCAGUGGCUAAUAUAUUGUUUAAUAAUUUGCAAGAUUUUCUGAAUAGCACAAACCUUAGUUCUGAUUUUGAAACUGGUACUAUUAUAUUGUCAAGUCAGGUUGGAAUGUCAAGGAGGCCAAUUCCUGCUGAUCCACCAGUUCAGCUCUCAUUUAAUAUUCUCACUCCUAACUUUGCUAACCCUAGCUGUGUCUUUUGGGACUUCUCUAACCCGCUUGGUAGUGGCUCUUUCUCACCUGCUGGCAUUACAACUGUUCCUAGUUCGAGUGGUAAUGUCACUUGUCUCAGUUCCCAUUUGACUAGUUUUGCUGUUCUAGUUCAAGCAUCUUCAGAAGCUACACCAGGGCCUACAGAGGCUAAAGUGUUGUCAGUUUUAUCAUACAUAGGAGCUUCAAUAUCAAUUAUGUGUUUGCUAGUGACCGUUGUAUUCUUCCUCACUUUUGGGAGAAAGUUGAUUGAAUCCGUACACAACUUAGUUCACUUGAAUCUUGCCAUAUCUCUUCUAUUGGGAUACAUUGUUUUUGUUGCUGGCAUAGAGACUGCCAAAAGCAAUAAAAUUGCCUGUACAUUUGUCGCUGCUGCCCUUCAUUACUUUUUCUUGUCUGCGUUCUUCUGGAUGCUGUGUGAAGGGAUCAUGCUGUAUCUGAUGCUUGUGGUUGUCUUUUCAUCGUUAACUAAGAAAUGGUGGUUCUUCCUUAUAUUGGGAUGGGUUCCUUCCCUACUGAUUGUAAUUGUAUCAGUUGGAGUUGCUCACGAUUAUUAUGUACACGGACAAGAUUAUUGUUGGUUGUCUAUUGAGAAGCAUGUCAUUUGGGCAUUCAUCAUACCAAUGUGUAUUAUAAUAAUUAUUAAUGCAGUGUUUUUGGUCCUUGUACUGAUAAGUUUAUUAAAGAAUCAAGGCGCUAAAAAUUCCCGGAAGCAGCUGGAGAACAAACGUGUCGACCUAGUGAAGACCGGAUUACAAGCGUCAGUGAUUCUAUUACCAUUGCUUGGUAUUACCUGGGUGAUUGGUCUAUUUGCAGUCAGCAGUGACACAACUGUCUUUGCUUGGCUGUUUGUAAUAUUCAACUCGCUACAGGGGCUGGCAAUUUUUAUAUUUCACGUCGUUAGGAAUGAAAGGAUAUGGAAACACAUCACCAAACAGUACAAGAAAGUAUCUUUAACUAAUUCUACAUCAGAGGCUAGAAGUGUCAAAGCUAAAAAACGUCAUGAAGCUUAUGCAUCUACCAGCAGUGAGGGAAGGUUUGAAUUAGCUUCAAUUGUGGUAGCUGAUGACGAGGAAAAGAAAUUGUAUGCAAGUAAUGGGAAAGAGGAUGAGGAGAUAAAGGUCCCACUUGAUGAAGAGAAGCAAGAGUUAGACUUUGAGAAGCAAGCACCUAAUAAUGGUGGUAACUAUUCAUCAUAAAGUAAAGUCACAAACAAACAACUAAUACAGUCUGUUUCGAUUUUUAAAGAUAUUUUUAUACAUCAUUUGGUUUAUUUUAUUUUAACAAUAAUAAAAAAAGAGUCCAGCAAUUCUCUGGUUGUGUAUUUAA